AUGUCUCAACCUGUUCAACGUGCUGCAGCACGCUCAUUCCUUCAGAAAUACAUCAAUAAAGAAACUUUAAAAUACGUCUUCACAACACACUUCUGGGGACCAGUGUCAAAUUUUGGCAUCCCAAUUGCUGCCAUAUAUGAUCUAAAAAAAGAUCCUACCCGAAUCUCCGGCCCAAUGACCUUCGCUUUAGUUACUUAUUCAGGCGUCUUCAUGAAGUAUGCUCUUGCAGUAUCACCCAAAAACUACCUGCUGUUCGGAUGCCACUUUAUCAAUGAAACUGCACAAUUAGCUCAAGGCUAUAGGUUUCUCAAGUACACAUAUUUCACGACAGAUGAGGAGAAGAAAGCUCUAGAAAAGGAAUGGAACGAGAAGGAGAAGGCUGGUAAAUGA